UUAGCAUUCCAUUAAUUACGUGAAAGAGACGAAGUUUGGUAAGGGCGCUUAAAAAAAGGGCAAUUUCGUCUCAUCAAAUAACUAGUCGGCCACCGCAGCUACCCACCCUGUACUUUCUGAACGGCAACGCAAGCAGAUCUUCCUUCAUCUCUUUCCUCUCUCUCUCUCUCUCUCUCUGAACCGGGUCCAACCGAACCGGAACCAUGGGAGUGCCAGCGUUUUACCGGUGGCUCGCGGACCGGUACCCUCUCUCGAUCGCCGACGUCGUGGAGGAAGAACCCUCCGCCGCCGGUGUUCCGUUCCCCGUUGACGUGUCGAAACCUAAUCCCAACGGCAUGGAGUUCGACAACUUGUACUUGGACAUGAACGGCAUCAUCCACCCUUGUUUUCACCCUGAUGGCAAGCAAGCACCUGCUACCUAUGAUGAUGUUUUCAGAUCAAUGUUUGACUACAUUGACCAUCUCUUCGCAUUGGUUCGCCCUAGGAAGCUUCUUUAUCUUGCAAUUGAUGGUGUUGCACCACGAGCUAAAAUGAAUCAGCAACGUUCUAGGCGUUUUCGAGCUGCAAAAGAUGCUGCUGAGGCUGAAGCUGAAAAGGAAAGGCUUAGGCAAGAAUUUGAGGGUGAGAUGGAACUUUUGCCUUCCCUAGACAAGCCUGAGACUUAUGACUCAAAUGUCAUUACCCCUGGCACUCCAUUUAUGGCAGUGCUGUCAGUGGCUCUUCAGUAUUACAUACAAACUAGAUUGAACAACAACCCUGGCUGGCGGCAUACAAAGGUUAUACUUUCUGAUUCAAAUGUUCCUGGUGAGGGAGAACAUAAAAUAAUGGAAUAUAUUCGAUUACAACGUAACCUUCCGGGUUUCAAUCCAAAUACUCGACACUGUUUGUAUGGAUUGGAUGCUGAUUUGAUUAUGUUAUCCUUAGCUACACACGAGGUUCAUUUCUCAAUAUUGAGGGAGGUAAUUACUUUACCUGGACAACAAGAGAAGUGUUUUCAAUGUGGCCAAGCUGGCCAUCUUGCAGCUGAGUGUCGUGGUAAACCAGGUGAAAAAGCUGAGGACUGGAAUCCCGUUGAUGAUACCCCAAUUCACAAGAAGAAAUACCAGUUUCUCAACAUCUGGGUGCUGCGUGAAUAUCUGCAAUAUGAAUUGGAAAUUCCCAAUCCUCCUUUUGAGAUUGACUUUGAGCGCAUAAUAGAUGAUUUUGUAUUUAUGUGCUUCUUUGUUGGCAAUGACUUUCUUCCACAUAUGCCAACAUUAGAGAUAAGAGAGGGGGCUGUUAAUCUAUUGAUGCAUAUUUAUAGAAAAGAAUUCACUUCCAUGGGUGGUUACCUCACUGAUGCGGGUGAGGUUUCCCUAGAGAGAGUGGAACAUUUCAUUCAAGCCGUUGCUAUUCAUGAAGAUCAAAUAUUUCAGAAACGAGUUCGGAUUCAGCAGGCUACAGAAAAUAAUGAAGAGAGGAGAGCCAGGGAAAGAGGAGAAAUGCCUGAAGGACCACGAGCCUCAGUUUUGGAUAAGGUUAAGUUAGACCAGCCUGGAUACAAGGAAAGGUAUUACGUUGAAAAAUUUGGUGCAUUGGAACUGGGAGAGAUUGACAAAAUUAAGAAAGAUACAGUCUUGAAUUAUGUGGAAGGCCUUUGUUGGGUUUGCCGGUAUUACUACCAGGGUGUAUGUUCAUGGCAAUGGUACUACCCAUAUCAUUAUGCCCCUUUUGCUUCUGAUCUUAAAGAUCUAGCAGAUCUAGAAAUAACGUUUUUCUUGGGAGAACCAUUUAAACCAUUUGAUCAGCUCAUGGGGACCCUACCGGCUUCAAGUUCAAGUGCACUGCCUGAAAAGUAUAGGGAUUUGAUGAUUGAUCCUUCAUCGCCUAUUUUACAAUUCUAUCCUUCUGAUUUUGAGAUUGAUAUGAAUGGCAAACGAUUUGCAUGGCAGGGUGUUGCCAAGCUGCCGUUCAUUAAUGAGAAGAAAUUGCUUGCUGCCACAAGGAAGCUCGAAGGCACAUUAACGGAGGAGGAACAGCUUCGGAAUAGUGUGAUGCUUGAUUUUCUUUAUGUUAGUGGUGCUCAUUAUCUUGCCCCAUAUAUCUUAUGGUAUUACCAACAUUAUAGUCAUUUGCCUCUGCAUCAAAGACCUGCUCUGCCAAUUGACUCAAAUGCUAGCAGCGGUGGUAUGAAUGGAUAUCUUUGGUUGUAUGAAAGAAAUGUGCUCAGAACCGUUGUGUCUUCUCCCAUCAAGGGAUUGCAAGAUGUUGAGCGCAAUCAAGUUUUAAAUAUUACUUAUCUUAAUCCUCUUAAACAUAGCCACAUCCCAAAACCUCCGCAUGGUGUAGUAAUGCCCAAAAAGAUAGUAAAAGCCUUUGAUAUUAAACCUUCACCUGCUCUAUGGCAUGAAGAAUUUGGUGGUCGACGACAGCAAGGGAGAGAAAGACAAGAAGUACCUGGAGCAAUAGCUGGCCCUCAACUGGGAGAAGCAGCACAUCGUCUUGUCAAAAACUCCCUGAAUGUGAAAUUAAAUAACACAGCCUAUGGAAUGGUGGAGCCUAAUCCAAUGAACCGGCUCAGACCAGCUGGAGCGUCUGGAUCCGGAAAAUAUUACGGCGACGAUACAGGUGGUGGUUAUUAUGGACACCAGUAUUACAAUCAACAAGGCAUGAUAACUAGGCCGAGAUAUAAUGGUGGGCAAAAUGACAGACAGAAUUUUAGGAUACAAGAAAGGUCACAGUAUCAUGAACAGUUCCACAACAUGAAAACUGGGUUUUCUGCUUUGACUAUGAAUGAAGGAGUGAGACCUAGGUCAUCUGCAGUGCCUUCACCAAGGGGACCUCCAAUGAUACUAUCGAGGGUGCCAAAUUCAGGGCACACAGCACAACAACAAUUUGUGCAGAACACGGGUCCUCCGAUACCACCUCCAAAUUGGAUCACUAGAGCCCCGGAUACGAAUGGAAUAUACCCUACGUAUCAAGAAGCUGCAUUGGGGGCAGCUUAUGAUAAGCACGCGAAGGUGUACCAAGUUAAAACCCGCCAACCCCAAGACAUGCCAGAGUAUGGGAAUCGGUAGUGAUUGUUGUGGAUUAUAUUUGCCUUGUGACCAAAGAGCUCUUGCUUCUCUCAGCCCGUUCCUCAGGUUGGAGCUCAUCCAAGUUCAACAAUAGAGUUUGAGGGAGCAGAUGAAUGCUUAUCAAGGUUAUCGUCGAUCGCGCUUAACUGCAGUGAUGGUGCUGAUAUGAUCUGCUUUCAUUCGCAGCACUACCUUGAUGGUUGUCCAGGCCAUAAUACCGGUUGGAAGGUGGGGAGGGCCAUGAGAUGUUUCACAACUUUCUUGCUUUACAAGCUCUUAGUAAAUCACUCAAGCUGCUGAUCAAGAUCGAUGGAGGACAUUAACUUGUGUAUUGUAGAAUAAGUGCUGAUUUGGCUAUUCAUGGCAUGCAAUGUACCUUGUUGUAAAAGGCACUCUUUUUGGUUUUUACUAUUGUGUCCAAUUUAAACCCUGAAUGUUGUUUGGUUCGUGGAAAAGAAAUGAAAUCUGAAAUCAAGUAAGUGAAAUAAAUAAUAUUACUUCAUUUGAAUCGUUUGAAUACGGUAAAAUCCAUUUUCCG